UGGGUCCUACCAAACACUCUGACUAUGGUUCCUUGGGUAAGGUGACAUUUCACUAGAGAUAAGAAUGGGAAUUUGGUAUAGUGGUUAUUAAACAACAAUAAAACCAAGUAUUAUAAAUAUAACGUAAUUUAAUCAGCCCAUAUUUAAUUGUCUUGACAAAUCAAGAUCGUUUCAGUCACCAAAUAAAGAUUCAUUUGAGAGGAAUUUUUUUUGCACAAAGCCAAGUCACCAAUUUUAUGUUAAAGGAGUAGACUUUUUGACUUGAGCUACAAUAACACUUCAACCAUGUCCACACAAAGCUGGAUAAAUUCGUAAUUCUAAAAUAGUGUUUUUCUUCCCCAAAAAUUGAGUUUUUCCAAAACUGCCUCCAAAUUGUGUAAAUCUGAAAAUGCCAGCUUGGCAUUGGUUGUAAUCACCCCCCAUCCUAUGAUUCUAGAUGGUGAAAUAUGACGAUUAUGCUUGUGUGGAGCUGAAGCUGAACAUUGUUCCUAGAAACUAAGUAUGUGUCAUAUAACGGGAGAAAGUCAGACAGAGAGAGAGGAGGGAGCAGGAAGGAAGGAAAGAGGUGUGGAUGGCUAAAUGUAACUCAGACUAACUGAAACAAAAGAAGUUUGGUCUUUAACCUGUAAUACUGUGUAAUAGAAAAGUCACCUCCGUCUUUUUGUGGGUCAGAUUCAACCUCUGUCAUGGAAACUGGGCGAGACUUUAAAAUUUAAUAAACACCACAGAAACUUAAUUUGCUCAAAUUUCUUAUUUUAUAGGUUCAUUAAGAACUAGAAAGAACUGUGUAAUCUGGACCAAGAGAGAGCAGAGAGAGACUUAGAGAAUAUUUUAUUUUGUACACAAAAAAAUGCAAAAUUGGUCUACAGGCAAACAUUAAGUUCAACAAAAAAUAAAAUAAUUAAUUCAUAUUUGUGUGGGUUUAAACUGAGCAUUUCUCUCUUUUAUUUUCCUUUUACACUGAUGGGUACCGAAUUACAUAUUUUGUUUUCCACAAAACCUCCAUAGAAAUAAUUAGGAAAUUACAGACUUGUACAAUAAAAUGUUACCAAAGAUCCUCUAAGUUUUUCUGGCAAUUAAAAUUAUCAAAAGCGUACCACUAUAUUUUGAAUAAUUACUGCCAAAUGAUGUAGUUUAUUCCAACAGCUGUAAAACAGAGCCAAGAGAUUCUAUUUACUAUUAUCAAAUCUAGAGAGGGUAGAGCAGGGUGUUUUUUGGAUUUUUGCUAAAAAAAGAAAGAAAAAAAAGGCUAAAAUCAUAAUACAUCCCAUUUUUCUGGGUUAAGUGAUAAUUAAUUUAAUCGUUUUGUCUGUCAAAUGUCAGAAUAGAGUGAAGAAUGCACAAGUCAGUUUCCCACAGGUCCUUGAUUACGUCUUCAAAUGUUUUGAUUUGUCCAAUCAAUGGGGAAAGACUCAUAGAUAAUUCAGUUUGUUGUGAUCUGUGAUUUCUGUACUGUGAGACUUACUGAGCUGUUGUCAUAAAUUUUAAUUCCAACACUAUUCAUCAGUAACACCAGAACCAAUAGAAACCAUGGGGGGGGAUUUAAUAUAGAUCCAAAACUAAAUUUACACCCAAAAGAGUCGCAUCAAAAGAUGACAUUGUCACGAAAAAAAGAGACAGAGCAAAUUUUGAACUCCACGACGAUCCCAUCUCAGUGGGAAUUAAUCAAACGCUCGUCUCUAUUUUUAACAUCUACCUCUGUUGUGCAGGUAGGUGCACUGCUAUUGUAGUUACAUGACUAUUUAUAGCCUCCAUCCAGCCAGGGUUUGAAGUCGUGCCUUUGCAGUGACUCACAGAGCUUUUGGCUUGAUUGAGGAAGUCCGUUAGUGACUCCCAACCUCGACACUAUAGAGUCUGACCGACAGCGAGACAGACAGAGAGGGAGACAGGCAGGAAGAGAGACAUACAGCUGGUGAGACAGGCAGGGAGUCCAGUGAAAAGAGAGGAAAGACUGAGUUUGAAGCCUGAGAGGUUUGAGAUGAGGAUGGACAUGAGACAGAGAAGAGACAGGGAACAAAGGAGACGAAAUAUCUGGAAAAAAUGAAAACUACUCCAGUCAAAUAAGGAAUUAUCCUGUUUUCAGACACAAAAACAGAUGUUUAACUAGUUGUUUUCCAGCUGCUUUCUUUAAUUUUCCAGAAGGAUUUCUUCUACGCUGAAGAUAAAACUGAAGGAUUUUUCCAAUAUCUACCUUUAACUGGUGAAUCUAAACUCAUAUCUUCUACCUCAGCCUCAGGAUUAUGGUGGUGUUUGCUCUGUCUGAGGAUUUGAAGGACAAUCAAAAUGCUGAAAUGUAAAGUUCACAGUUAUUUCUGGUCCCUGUGGUUCACCUCACUACUGCUGAUGCUGCUCCAGGAUGUGAGCAGUGCAGCUCCCACAGAGGACCAGUCUGUCCCAUGUAGCAUCACUGUAUCUGAACCAGUAUCCAGUCUGGACUCCAUAUCACUGACUGUUAACACACCUGGACGGGACUGUUCCUUCAUCCUGACGUCUCUGGACGCUGGUGCAGACAAUGCUGAGUGUAGAAGAAGCAGCAGAGGAGACGAGGAGUUGGAGACUAAUGAGAUUGGAGGCAGGGAGCGAGCAGAAGAGGAGGUGAAAGAGAGGCAGGAGAAGGAGAAGAGAGGAGCUAACUAUCUGGGAACCAACCAGCUGGGAGUGGAGGAGGGAGAGGAUGAAGGUGUAGAAGAUGUUUUCACCUGUGUGCUGGAUCACCUGGAGCCUGGGACCGCCUACCAGCUGCAGGUUCAGUCCCAGAAAGACGGAGAGACGACAAACCUCACCCUGCACACCAGGCCAUCAGCUGUGAGCGGACUGGCAGUGACCUCCAGGACCUGCUGCAGCCUGGGUCUUUCCUGGCAGGCUGGGCCCGGCAGGACACAGCGCUUCAGGCUGCAGCUGUGGGAACGACCUCAGAGCUCGGAUCACUCAGUUCUGCUGAAAAACGAGACAUUAGAGAGCACGGCAACACAACACACACUCGUUGACCUGACUCCAGGACGACUGUACAAUGUUACAAUGGUGACGGAGGCUGGCCAUCUGCAGAACAGUGUUGAGAUUGAGGCCCAGACAGUUCCCUCUCCUGUUUCCAACCUCACUGCUGACUCUAGCAACAGCACAAGCUUGUUGUUGUCAUGGCAACGGCCCAAAGGCGACCUGGAUGCGCUCACGAUCACCCUCUCGACCAAUGGCACAAGCCACUGGGAAACGACACUUGCUCCGGAUGCCACAGAGGUCGCCAUUGAUCAGCUGACCCCUGGCUCCCCAUAUCAGGUCUCAGUAACGUCCAGGAGUGGCAAGCUGACGAGCCAAUCAGAGAUCACCAUCAGCACAGCUCCAGCAGCACCAUCUCUCCUCUCCCUGUCUCCCUCCUCUGAGGGUCUCCUCCUGUCAUGGAUGCCCCCCGCUGGCCGCUGGGAGAGUUACACGCUGUUCCUGUUUGACGGCCCCCAACAGUUAGUCAGUACCAGUCUGGACAAGGAGGCGGUGAAGUUCAUCUUCCCUGGGACGAGUCUAACGCCUGGGAGGAUGUAUAAAGCCGUGCUGAGAGUGGAGAGCGGAGGACUGACGGCUGAGAGCAGCUGUGAAGGAUCAACAGCUCCUGCUCCAGUGUUAGACCUUCAUAUUCGACACUCGGACGAGACCUCACUCAGCGCCAUGUGGAGCCACGCUCCCUCUGGGUCACGUGACAGCUACUUCCUCACCAUUCACCAUGAUAAUGUCACCGUGGAUACUAGGGAGGUGGAGCCUAACAUGAGGGAGUGCACCUUCAACGUGCUUACACCUGGGAGACAGUACACUAUCACUGUGACAACCAGGAGCGGGAAACUGAACACAUCUGUGUCUUUAGAGGGAAGGACAGUUCCCAUGGCAUUAAGUAUGAUCACUCUGAGCAGUUCAGGAGUUGACAGCCUCCAGGCAUCAUGGGAAAAACCACUAGGAGAUGUGGACUCUUACACACUGACCCUGCUGCAUGACAGUACUGUGGUUCAGAACUUCACUGUUCUAGUCGGUUCUUCCUCUCUACUGCUGACCGGAUUAACGCCCGGCACCCUCUACAGGCUGCAGGCCGUCACUGUCAGCGGGGGGCUGCAGUCUAAAACCACCAGUCUGGAGGGACGCACAGGCCCAGCAUCUGUCUCCGAGGUAACUGUUGCUAAUGGUGGCAAGUCGGAUGCUUUGCACGUGUCGUGGCGUCCGGCGGUGGGCGUGGUGGACAGUUAUCUGGUUUGUCUUCUGGACAGGAGCAGAACUGUCCACACGCUCGCCGUGUUGAGCUCCUCGCCACCUGAGUGCUCCUUCAGCUCACUGGUCGCCGGGCGACUGUACUCUGUUGUCAUAGUAACCAGGAGUGGCAGACUGGAGAACGCCACCAAAGUUCAAGCACGAACACAACCUGCCACUGUACAAAAUCCAACAGCUGUUCACUCUGCAAGAGACGACUUCCUCAGGGUGUACUGGCGUCACGCAACAGGUGAUCUGGACCGUUACGUGGUUCUGAUCCGUUACAACCACAGCAUCCUGCAGAACAAGAGCGUGUCCGCUGGACACAGCGAGUGUGUCUUCUCGUCUCUGACGCCGGGGAGGCUCUACACUGUCACCGUGGAGACCUGGAGUGGAGGCUAUGUCAGCAGCGUCUCUACCGAUGGACGCACCUUUCCAGCUGCUGUAGGGAAUCCAUUGAUAAGUAACGUAGGAACAGGUGAUCUAACGGUCACCUGGAGCUCCGCCCCUGGAGACGUGGACCAUUAUGAGGUCACUCUGCUAUUCAACGACACUCGGGUUUUCCCUCCGGUCACAUUGGGUAGCGAGGUGCGAAGUCACCGGCUGACCUCCCUCACCCCCGGACGCCUUUAUAAGAUUGUGGUGUCGACGUUCAGUGGACCAAACCAGAGAGCCCAGUUCAUCGAGGGACGAACAGUUCCCAGUCCCGUAGGGAACCUCCACAUGGCUCCUCAUCCUGGUCUAAAGGACUCUGUGGGUGGGCUCUUGGUCUCCUGGACGCCUGGAGACGGAGACCUGGACAUGUACAUCGUCUCCCUGUCAACCACGGAUGGUGUCGUUGUCGAGACUCGUCCCGUCCCUAAACACGUCUCCUCCCUGGAGUUCGCAGAUCUGAUCCCAGGUCGCGCCUACACCAUCACUGUCCAGUCACUGAGCGGAAAACUGACCAAUACCAACACAGUCACUGGUAGGACAGCUCCAGCCAGCGUCACAGCCCUGCAGGCGGAUAACGACCACACCACCCACAGCCUCACUGUCAGCUGGGAGAGGCCGCCGGGUGUUUACGACGGCUACAGUCUGCAGUUACUGGACGAGGCCGGCGUCAUCGUUGCCAACAGGUCAGUGUCUGUGGAGAGUCGCGGUGAGCAGCUGGAGGGUCUGACCUCAGGGAAGCGUUAUCAUGUGAGGGUGGUGACACUGAGCGGCGGCGUCCCAUCUCCAGAGGCAACAGCAGAGGGACAAACACGUCCGGCUGCAGUCAGUAACCUAACGGUCACCUCAGCAAAUACCUCCUCUCUCUCCUUCUCCUGGCGUCCUUCAGAUGGCCACGUUGAAAUCUAUGACCUGUCACUCUAUGACGUCACAGAGGCAUCAGCCAAUCACAGACAGGAUGCUGCAGGGAGCAGAAAGGAUCAUCAUCAAACUGUGGGUGAACUGGUCGACCUGCAGAAAGUCGUCUCAACUGCAGACAGCUGUGUUUUCUCUGGCCUGAGAGCAGGAAGUUUGUACAGACUGCAGGUGGUGAGCUGGAGCAGAGGCAUGAGCAGUGACUCCUCUGUACUCGCCAGGACUGUCCCGUCUCCAGUUUCGUCUCUUCAGGUUCAGAGUUCAGGACGGACAGACAGACUGACGGUCAGCUGGGAGCAUGGAGAGGGAAGCUGGAGCAGCUAUCAGGUAAUUUUGUACGAUGUUUCUGGAGCCACUCUGGGAGCUCAGACACUGGGGGUGGAGCACAGGAGUCACAUGUUCCCAGGGCUGAUCCCUGGUAGGUUGUACCGUGCUGAGGUCAUCACACACAGCGGGGAGCUGACCAAUAACAUCUCAGCUUUGGGACGCACCUCUCCAGACCCUCCCACCCACCUGUCUGUCAAACAAGGCCCGACUAAUGAGACAAUAGAGCUGUCAUGGUCUGGUCCUGCCUCCGGGGACUACGAUAACUUCAGUCUUCAGUGGACUCCUCCUGAUCACCUGUCAGUCACAAACACUCACCUGACGGGGUGCAUUGUGGGUGGGAUGUUUCCGGGGCGAAAGUAUAACUUCACCGUGAUGACCGUCAGCGGGGGCGGGGCUAGAGGCGGGCCCAUGGUCAGGAGCCAGCCAAUCCAGAGGAACGUCAGGACAAGUCCAUCUCCUCUGAAGUCCAUCCACUGCUUUCCCCUGUCGUCCUCCUCCCUCUCCUGCUCAUGGUCGCCUCCCCUCUCCGACUUCGACUCCUACGAGGUCGAAUGUCGCCGCCACGACAACGGGGAGCUGACCUCGGCACUGAGGCUGGCUGGGGGCGUCACCGCGGUAACGCUGGACCACCUUGACGCAUACAGGAAGUACUCUGUGACAGUCAGAGUGUCGUCAGCCGGGCAGACGAGUCCACCGGCAACACACACCACUGUCACCAUGAUAGACCGUCCUCCGGUUCCCCCGCCCAGCGUACGGGUCAGUGAGAGGUCAUCGAAGGUCACAUCUUCAUCCAUCUUGUUUCGUUUCAACUGCUCCUGGUUCAGUGACGCCAACGGAGCUGUCCGAUACUUCGCUGUGAUUGUGGCCGAGUCUGACGGCAACGAGCUCCUGCAGCCAGAGCAGCGCCACCCUCUGCCAUCCUACCGUGACUACAUCAGCAACUCCUCCGUCAGAGCCUAUCAGACCGGGUACUUCCCCAGCCGCUGUCCACAGGACACAGAGACCUCCACUGGACAGGUGGUGGAGGUGAACCUGGGGGCAGGAGGGAACCGACUGGGUGGGACUUGUGACCAUUUCCAUGACGACAACCUCUAUCUGAGUGACAGCUACGGCGACUUCUGUGACGGACCACUGAAACCCAAAACUUCCUAUAGGCUGAGCGUUCGAGCUUUCACCAAACUGUUUGAUGAAAACCACGACGAGUUUCCUCAGCCGCUCUUCACUGACACUUACCUGUCUACGCCACUCAGGACACAUGCAGAGCCUCUAGGUGGUGUUGUGGAGGGUUUGAGCGCUGGGAUGUUUCUGAUCGGUAUGAUGGUGGCUGUCGUCUCUCUGCUGGUUUACAGACAGCGGCUACGCAAAGUGGCUGUGCAGGAGAACCCAGUGAUGAGGAUGAGUAUGUGGAAAGAGGUUCCAGCUUCAGGCAUAUAUAUGGGUGUCAGGAGUAAUCGUCGGGUCACUAGUCCUAUCAAAGCCUGUCACUUUGAGUCCCAUCUGACUAAACUGCAGGCCGACUCCAACUACCUGCUGUCUGAGGAGUUUGAGGAUCUGAAAGAUGUGGGUCGUAACCAGACGAUGGACGUCGCCCGGCUUCCAGAAAAUCGAGGAAAGAACCGCUACAACAACAUCCUGCCAUAUGAUUCUACCAGAGUGAAGUUGUCAUACCUGGAGGAUGACCCCUGCUCCGACUACAUCAACGCCAGCUACAUACCUGGUAAUAACUACCGCAGAGAGUACAUCGCCACCCAGGGCCCGCUGCCUGGCACCAAAGAUGAUUUCUGGCGGAUGGUGUGGGAGCACGGCGUCUACAACGUGGUCAUGGUGACGCAGUGUGUGGAGAAAGGACGAGUGAAGUGUGAUCAGUACUGGCCUGCAGACAGAGAGCCUCUGUACUACGGUGACCUGGUGAUUCAGAUGCUGUCAGAGUCCGUCCUGCCAGAGUGGACCAUCAGAGAGUUCAGGAUCACCUCGGAGAGCAACCGCAGUUACCCUUGGGUGCUGCGUCACUUCCACUACACCGUGUGGCCCGAUCAUGGAGUCCCUGAGAGCACCCAGUCUCUAAUCCAGUUUGUCAGGACAGUCCGGGACUAUGUGGACCGUUCACCGAGCACUGGAGCCACCAUCGUCCACUGCAGUGCUGGUGUUGGGCGAACAGGGACAUUCAUUGCCUUGGAUCGGGUUUUGCAGCAGCUGGACUCUAAAGGAACCAUCGACCUGUAUGGCUGCGUGUUUGACCUCCGCCUGCACCGCCAGCACAUGGUCCAGACCGAGUGCCAGUAUACCUUCCUGCACCAGUGUGUACGGGACGUCCUGAGAGCCAGAAAACAUCGCAGCGAACAGGAGAAUCCUCUCUACCCCAUCUACGAAAACUUCAACCCUGAGUACUGUCGCGAUUUCAUGUACACUGGACGUUAAACGUGACAAUGAUCGAGAGAGAGGAAACUUUUCUCUGUUAACGCUGACGUUGUUCAAACUAUCUGAGAAAACAUGAGCUACAAAUCGGACAAAACAGGGAGGAAUCAGAACCGUAUAAAGUUCAUCAAGUAAACACCAGUGAUAUGAUGUCAUGUUGGUCAGUAUUUUACCAGUUAAACUGAUUUUUUCUCUCCAGUUCUUUAAGUCAGUUUUUUACUGUGCAUCACUGCUUUUACAUCAACCUCUUGACCUCUGUCAGUGUCAGUGUUUAAUGUCGAAUGUAGACCAUGUUUUAACUAAAGGAACUUUACGUGUUUUUUACAGGAUUACAGGGAGGCUUGUUUAUUAGUGACACUCUUUUUUUGAUCUUUGACCUGUUGGUGACUUAUCAAAAUCAAUUUCUCUCAUCUAAAAAGUUAUUAGAAUCAUGUUAAUUAAUGUAGUUAAGGGGUUCAAUGGCAUUUUAUUGAAUAUGAAUCUUUUCAAAUCUCUUACUGAAUCUUUCAAAGUAGUUUCUUUGGUGAAGAAUGAAGACAUCUGUACUGUUUUUAUGUCACAUAAUAUAAUAAGUAAUGUUAAUUUUGAUUUAUGGAUCAGUUACUUAACAAAUAAGACACUGACAUUAAGAAUGUGAUGAAAGAUUCAAAAGAUUUGUCCAUUAAGGUUAACAAAUCUAUUUUACUGUCUUGAAACCGGCUGUCAGAACUCAUCCCUGGUUAAAGUAGAUGCAGGUAGAUCUCAGGUCAUUGGUGUUAAAUUGAUUAUUACAAACAUUUCACAUCUGAUGUUAGCAGUGUUAGCUCACUAGGUUUCCUCAUUAUAAACUGACUGAUCACAGGGAAGGAAAGAGCCAUAUAUUUUUUAUACCCUCUAUUACUACUGUAUGUUCUCACUCAAUGCUCCAUAUAAGCUGUUUAUUUAAAAAGUUACACAUAUUGCUGUAUGUAAAUAUUGAUGUAAUACUCUUUUUAUACGAUAAUGAAUAUAUACACUGUAUGUUGUCAGUUUAAAUGCUGGGUAAUAUUUAGAUAUUUGCAAUGUUUCAGUAGAUGCAAACAAUUAUAACCUGCUGUAUUCAGACUUACUGUAAGUACUGCUUUUAAAUACUUUAAAAUGUUUUAAACACAUGCCGCUGUCAUCAGUCUUUCAUAAAGUUGUUCAAAUUUUAAACAUAAAAUGAAAGUCUGAAUACAACACAGGAACUCCCCUCUUUUUCCUUUUUUAAAAAAUGCAUCAUUAAUUAACUGGAGUUGAGCUGUAAACUUAAUUUCUUUGAUGAAAAUAUUUGAGAAAUGUGUGAUGUGUUUUGUUUCUUCCCUUUAUUUUAAAAACAUUCAGCGUUCAUAUUUGAAAUUCAAACAGUGUUAAAUGUUUGGUAACCCCUUUUCUCUCUCUGUUUCUCUCUGUUUGACUGCUGGAGGAUUUUAAGUUUGUGUAUUGAUUUAAUUAUAAAGGACACAAUGAUCAUUGGUUUUAAUUUCUCAAAAAUAAAACAGGGCUAGGCAAAAAUUCAUUUUUUUUUUCUUUCAGUGGAAAGAAUAUUAUUAUUAUUAUUAUUGUUACACAAAAAAAUCUAAUGAUUUUUUUCAAAAAUUUGUGACAUUAUUGAUUUAAGCUGUACCACCACUCAGCCCUGCCCUAAGAGAAUGUAUAAAGCAGUUUUAUAACUUGCUGUCAGGUCACUAUAAACUGGAUUAUUAAAAGCUAAUUAAAAAUAGCUGCCAAAGUA